AGCCUACUUACUGCGGAGUGUAAAAAGUGAAUAUUUUGCCGUAAAACAGCGACUAAAUCGUCGGAAAAAACCGCAAAUAGUUGAAUUCCGGUCCCGUCCAGUAUGUGCGACAGUUGACGGACCGGCAAACGAAGGCUUCGUCGGUGAAAAAGUGCAUUUUUGCGAAACGUUGAGCUCGACCUGAUUGCACUUUGCUUGCUUGCUGGUGGUGGACUCGUUUGCGUGACAGAAGAAAGAAAGCAACAACCGGUGCUGCUGGUUGGGUCGCGAAGGGCAGCCGCACGAGUGAGACAGCAACUAUCGCUGGCCAGAAGUUGCGGUUAGGUUUUGUCUGCCUUACACCGUGUUGAGAUCGGUUUGUAUACUCUAAAUAUUGACAUUCGCGGAUGUUUUAAACGUAAAUCAACCCAGGACAGAAUGAAGCGCAAAGCAGGGAACGAUUUGACUACGCAGACCCUAUUGGAUUUCGAUUUAGGGGAAAGUUCGUCCGAUUCUGAUUUCCGUAUCGAAGAUCAUGAUGACGAUAGUGACGAUUUUUCUGCCGGAAGCAAGGAUGGGGAUGUGAAAGGUGAUGCUGAUAAUGACGAGGACGACGACGAUGAGGAUGAUGAUGAAGACGAGGAAGAUGAAGAAAGUGACGACGAUGAGGAGGAUGAGGCUGAUAGUGGAACAACUGGAACUGGUUCAAAGGGUAGCGAUGCCACCAAAGUAGAUGUCCCAUGUGUUGCAAAUCCUGUCCAACUCGAGCCGAUUACGAAAAUAACUAAAGCGUUCGAUAAAGCGACCCUCAAACUACUGUCAACUGCAAUUUGCUGUGCCUGUUUGGGAGAUCGCAGCGAUGAUCAGAACGAAAUCGUUGAGUGCGACGGAUGUGGUGUGACGGUGCAUGAGGGAUGUUACGGAGUUAGUGAAAGCACCAGUGUCAGCAGCACAAUAUCUUCCUGCUCAACCGAACCGUGGUUCUGCGAAGCUUGUAGAGCCGGCGUGUUUGAUCCAGAUUGUGAGCUUUGCCCCAACAAAGGCGGUAUUUUCAAAGAAACCGACGUCGGAAAAUGGGUUCAUCUAGUUUGUGCUCUUUACGUUCCUGGAGUUGCAUUCGGGGAAGUGGAUCAACUAUCCUCGGUCACCUUAUUUGAGAUGCCAUAUAAUAAGUGGGGAGCCAAAACUUGCAGUUUGUGUGACGAUGCGAAGUUCGCACGUACAGGUGUUUGCAUUGGCUGCGACGCUGGCAUGUGUAAAACCUACUUCCAUGUAACCUGCGCUCAGUAUGCUGGUCUUUUGUCGGAAGCCCAUUCGGAGGAAGCGGAUCAAGCCGAUCCGUUUUAUGCUCAUUGUAAAAUUCACUCAGACAAGACUCUCAUAAAACAUAGAAAACGAAAUUACAAUGCAAUAAAAUUGAAAGCUCAAAACCGGAAACUCGAACAAGAAGCCAGUAAGUUGGAAAAGCCCUCUCCGGAACAGGUACGGAUAGAGCGAAAGCUAGCCAAGCAUAGGAAAAAGUAUGUGGCGCAUAAAGAAACCAAGAAUCCGCCAUGGGUUCCAACCCAGAAGAUGCCUCGGUUGUUAACAACCAGUGCUACAGCUUGUAAAAAACUUCUACUGAAGGCGGAACUCAUGGGUAUAGAUUCAGCCGCGAUGGAAUUUCAGGAAGCUCAAAUGACAGCUUUGGCGGAUGUUCGUAAAAAGUGGCAUAUUCCACCAGCAUUCAGCGUAGAGUUUAUUGGUUACUAUUUGGACAGAACUGUUCGAUUGAGGGAUAUUAAAAAAAAUCUCCAGCAUCAAGUAACUGCCAACAAGCGAUUGCUGGAAGAACAACAGCGUCUUCGGGAAAAGUACGAUUCAACUAUGAAGCUAAAUCAGGACGAAUUGAAUCGAAAUGACGAACUGAAAGACGCCAUCGAAAAGCUGUACGACGACAUUCAUGUUCUCUGUCCAAAUAAGGCACUGAUUCCGAUCGAACAAAUAGGUAAACCUCCUUCGGUUCCGCCAAUUCAGAACCCGAGUGUCGUAAUAAACACCCCCAGUUCCACUCCGCCAGCUAGAACGAUUACUGUUCCAACGGCAGCAGCUCUAAAAAUGGGAGUAGGCUUUCCGCUGCAAAAUCUCAUCGCCCCCGGCGACACAGGACGUAUACUCAGCACCCAGUGCAAGCAGAACAGUGAGGAGCUUUUGAACGAGUGCGGAAUAUGCAAGCGCUGCUCCGAUCAGCAUUUGCUGGCGAAAUGCGAUACAUGUCAUUUGUUCUACCAUCUUGGUUGUUUGAACCCGCCCCUUACCAGACACCCGAAGAAGUCUAAACUUUACGGCUGGCAGUGUUCCGAGUGUGACAAAUCGGACGACUCUGGUCCGGAGCAUGUGAUAUUGCCCAAAGCUCCAAGAAAAUCGCGCACACGAUACAGCAAGGACGGAAUCAUCGUACCGUACGACAUGCCAUCGCCAGAGUUUGAAAGAUCUCCGCCGGAAAUUUCAUUCCCAAAACGACAGAAAAAAAGUUCCGGUAACAAUAGUAGUUCGGAAUCCUUUCCUUCUACUCCAGCAGGAAGUGCCGUUCAAAGCAAUGGUAUUGAAACGAAAGAAGUUCGUUUGGAGAUUCCGAAAAUCGAUCCAGAUUUAGCUGAUAAAUUGAGCACCGGUGACACAUCGCUGGAAGUUACCCCGAAAGGACCAGCCAAAAGAGGGCGCAAAAAGAAGGUUUUACCCGGAUCGCCACCACUGACUUCACCUGCAGUAAAGGAUGUUUCGAAAGAUUUAUUAAAGCAGGAGGUAAUUAAAGACGAAAUAGAAGCAUCUUCCGAUAAUUCCGCAGCGAAGGUGGCAUCCUCAAAAGGAGGCAAGCCCAAAGAGGAACCGCCACCGAGUGCACCUCCAGUCGAUCCGGCAAAAUCCAACAUAAAACCCGACGCAAAAGACAAAAGAAAAGAAAAAAUUGAACCAAGCUUGGAAGCUGCUAUUGUAGAUCUUACAAAAGCAGCCGUUAAGUUGGACAAGAAAGACAAGACUAAGGAAAAACAAAGUCCAAAAACCAGUACUAUAGAUAAGGAGCAGAAGCUACCCACUUCGCCGGCAGGUCCGAAAGUUGCGCAAGUCGCGAGUGAAACCAAGUCCCCGUUGUCAGCUACCUCAAAGGAUACGCUAUCGUAUGCAACCGAUUCGACGGUCGCGCUUCCGACCGCUAGCAGUUCCAACGAGUCCCUCGUGGCAAUAAAGGAUUUGUCUACGAAAGCACCACCCGGUUCGGAGAGUUCGGAACCGGUUUGGCCCGAAGCUGGCACGUCCUCGUCGACACACAAAUCGUCCCACAAGCAUAGCAAGCGGAAAAAAGAGAAACAUCGGGAGCAUCAUUCCGAGGAUGGUUCCACUGCCAGAGAGCAUAAGCGCAAGCGGAAGCGAAAGAACCAUGACAUCGAGAAUCCGAACGAUGCCAGCAGCAGUAGUUAUAACGAUCCGGCGGGUCGUACCGAUGAGAAUAGACCGAGGAUCAAGAUCAAGAUCAAAUCAGUUCUGGACGGUUCCAACACGCACACAAUAAUUUACGUUCCGAACGAUAGCAUAGAACCUCCGCGGCCAACAACCAGUUGCGAGUCGAUAAUUGCUAGCACACCUCUCAACUCACCCAGUAUACAAAAACAGCAGGUGCAAAAGGCACCCCCUAAAGCAGACCCGCCAGAAGCAACCGUAUCGGCUCCGACGCUAGAAUCUCCAGCUGCAUCCGGCAGCAGAUCUCAGCCAGCGCUCGGAGGGUCUGCGUCGGCGCCGUCGAUUGGAUCUGCGGCCACGAAGUUGUCGCCAUCCGGUGGAAGCAACAAGCCACCGGCGCCCGCGCCAGGCCGAGGUCGCGGACGCCGCCUCAGCGUUGGUAGACCCAGCAGAGCCAGCUUGAACAUUUCCGGUAGUAAUACCUCCACGUCCGCUGCCGCCGCCGCCGGAGACCGAGGGGAAGUGAUGUGCGAUGUGUGCGCUACACCGGGCACACCAAACAACAUUGUUCAAUGUGAUGAAUGUCAUAAAAACUAUCAUUUUGGCUGUUUAGAACCACCAUUGAAGAAGACACCGAAACGGCGUGGCUACUCUUGGCAUUGCGCCGAUUGUGAUCCAACGGAUACGGAAAACAACUGAGGCCACGCACCCCGGCGCGUAUCCGUGAAGCCCAGCGGCUGCAUCAAAUGUAUAUGUAAAAUGUACUGAAAACAACAGAAAAAUUAAAUAUUCCUCUUCUUAAAAACACUAAACACGGCAACCAAACGAAAAAGUAUUUUAUGUUUUUUUUUUCUUUCGUAUUGUAAUAA